AUGCAAGAGGUCAUUACAAUUGCACCGCCUCUAAUUGAAAAACAACAAACAGUGAAAUUUUUAAGAAGCUUAAUAUCUUUUUUCGGACAAAAUCCAUUCGAAUUACAAAUUUCAACUGAUUAUGAUAAAUACAACAAGAAACCAACACCACCUGAAAAAAAGAAGUUUAAACAAAAUGUCACUAAUCCAAUUCGAUUCUUAACAACCGGAAAAGAUUGUUUAGUUUUUGAUUAUUUAGAAAAACAUCCAGAAGUAUGCCCAGUUGCAACUUCAUUUGCAGCUGCUCAUCAAUUUUGCGCCAUUCUUAAGCCAUUUGCAGUUAGUUCCUACAUUUCAUUUAUUCUCUGUUCUGAAUGCACGGAAUUAUUAGAAUAUGCUCUGUUCAAACUUCCAAAACCAAAGAAGAAAAAGAAACAGGAGCGUGUUCCUCAAGCAAUCGUUCAGAUAAGAUCACCAGAAACCAAAUCCUUCUUUGAAACAAAUUUCAAUAAAGAACAAAUCGUCAAUAAAAGCGAUUUUAACAUACGUCUUCUUUCAUGUCCGACAUCUUUCGCUGCAGAUAUGCAAUGCGUUUACAUCGGACAAGUGAACUCAAUGAUAAAAGUGAUUCCAUUUCCUCAUAAGAAGCUCAGCAUCUUCCCAUACUCAAUUCCCGUCAUGCUACCACCAGAUGAACCAUUUUCAUUAGUGAUUGCUAACUCAAAACUCUACGUCGUCAAUGAAGAUUGGGUUCAAAUAAUAAAUCCAAUUACAUUCAACUAUACAAGCGUCGAAAACACCUCACAAAUACUUCAACCACCAGUAUGUUCCGAUAUGCACUAUAUUUACUCCUAUAAACCAAGCCAAAAAACUGUAUAUAUUUUCGAACCCAACGGACUUGUCAUAUCCAACAUACAUUCGAUCAAACUCAAUACUACAGUCAGUAUCGGUGAUUGUCCGAUGGUUACUGAUGGCACAACGAUCGCUUUUUACUGGAAAUCAAAGAUUUACACAUUUUCACUUGCCACAGGCUGCCAAAUUGGCGAAAGGAGCAGCGACAUUGAUUUCAAGUGUUGGACGAUCAAUCCCUUCCUCCAACGUUAUGCAUUUCUAACAGAAUCAGAGUGUAUUUCUUCAGAAUGCCAUGAAUACCUUUGUCCAUGGAUAAAAGGCACUCUUUUCCCAUUACAGAACAAUAACAUUGUUGAAUCCCUUCUUAUUUGCAACUUCCACCAUCAGCCACGAUUCACUUCUGGAGAACCAAAUUUUGCCUUUUCAAUUUUACAAAAAUUUAUUUUGGAAAAAGACGAAAGAGGCAUUUCCAUGAUUCUUGACACUUUGCUUUGGAUGCCAUCCCUUCUAAACCAAGUUGUUACAACAUUGGAUGCCACGUUCAUCGAAUUCUCCGACAAUCUCAAGAAUCAGGCAAUUUAUUUCUAUUGUUUGGCUUCUUUGAACGGAGCAAAUGUUUCGUCUGUUUAUAUAAUAGAAAACUACCUUUUGUUACAUCCAUCUCCUUACAUGAUUUACGUCUUCCCAACUUUCUUCGAUUUGACAAAAAUAAACGUGACACCAAAAGCGGUUAACAAGAUGAUGUCAUUUGUAAUUGAUACAUGGGAUUUCUAUCCUACGACUUCCUUGUAUUUUAUAUGUAAUUUCAUGAAGAGAUACUUCGAAAAUUCGACUCCAAAUGAAUUUAAUUUAGUUUGGGAAUCGUUUAAGAGAAUCAUGACAACGAUUAUUCAUGAUGUCAAUGACAUAAUCAAGUUCCCGAAGCAGAUGCCAGUGUUUUACUCAUCAUCGUCAAUGAGAGCGUGGAAUGAAGUCCUUUUGUUCAUUUUCUCUCAUAAAAAAAUGUGGUCAACAUAUUCUUCAAUUUUAGUUGAUGUUCUAUCGUUUUCUAUUGUACCUCCAAAGACGACUGAUGAAAUAAUUACGGGAAUGAUACAUAGAACUUUCUAUCUCUUGAUUUGUAUCGCGUUUUGCCAGCCAAUUGUCAAACCGUUUGAAAUUUUUACUCCUGAAAAGUUUUACAAAGAUUUUCCUUCAAUUUUUGAUAAAAAGGAUCCGGAAAUCGACCAAACAAUUUGUAAACUCAUAAAUAAGAUUUAUGAUUACAAAGACGAUAAAACUUUGGCACUUUUAUUUCAUAGAAUCCGUCACUUUUUGUCAUUUAAUCCAAAGAACACGAGAUUUUUAGCUCCGACUAAAUUUGAUCCGGAAGUAAACUUCUUAGGCGAUGGAUUGAUUCCUUACUUGAAAGAUGGCAAAGUACAGAACUUGCAGUUGUAUUCUAACCCUAAUUUACUCAGUUUGUUCAUUUUAAAAUUUUCUGAUGAUGUUUCGGUUUUGUCACCUCACCAUCAAUUGAUUGUUUCCAUUUUGGAGAAACAAAUCAACAGAAACAAAGACAAUCUGCUGAAAUUGCAGAAGAAUAUCUUCUCAAGGUUCAUGAAUUUGUUCGUUUAUCCUUUCUUUUUGGAUUCCGAAAUCCUCCAGAAAUUCGAGUUCAAAUUGGAGGCACCAGAAAUCCUGAUUUAUCCCCCUGAAAUAUUUGAUUACUUUAGAUACAAAAAAGUGACAAAUAUUCCAUUCUUGACAUCUGUUGAACUUCUCGUCAAUCCGUUCAUCGAACCAUUGCUGUUACAUGACUAUUCAGUGUUCACUUCACCUGAAAAUGAGUCACUUUUGUUCAAAAACGUUUAUUUGGCAUUAAUUGCUGUUUCUACAGGAUAUAAGUUUGAAGUUGAAAAAUUGACGGUUUUAUUCAAAUCUUUUAUAUUGUUUGGAUCACCAAGGAUUGUCGACACACUUCUAAAACUCGCAGACAAGACAAUGA